AUGCCUAGCACACAACCCACAGGCCAACAAGGCAAUCAGCAAAGAACAACAGAUACAAGAGUAGAUACGGAAGUAACACAAGUAGCAACGGUAGCACACAGAGAAUUAAAGCUAAAAUAUAGUGCACAAUUCAAAGCCUCCAGAGCAAUAACAUCAUGUGCUAAGCCGUCUCUGCAAUUAGUAAUCCAAACAAUCGAAACACAACCACCAAGAAGAAUUUCACUAUCACAAGAUGAGCUAACAAUAUUAGCACAACUAAAUCCAGCCCAGUUUAAUGUUGUAACACCAGUUAAUAAACUUGCAUUUGACUACCUAACACAAGAUCACCCUAAUUGGCCUUUUAUUCAAUACUUGAAAGAUGGUUUAAAAUAUGGUUUUAGAUUUAAUUUUACAGGAAAACGAUCAAGAAUAGUACAGGAAAAUCUAAACUCAGUAAAAAAUGAGUCAUCUGCACUAACAAAUUAUAUAAACAGCGAGCUAGCUUUAGGAAGGAUGUGUAGACCUUUUACUAUGAAUAACUUACCAUGUACUUUAUUCCAGAUAAAUCCAUGCGGACUAGUUAAAAAAAAGAAUACCAAACCAAAAUCAUAUAGAGUAAUAUCUCAUUUAUCAGCCCCUUCAGGGAAAAGUAUAAAUGAUGGUAUCAAUAAUACUGAUUUUAUAACGAAAUAUGAGAAUAUAAAUCAUGCAAUUAGUUGGAUCAUACAGUAUGGUCGAGGUUGUUUAUUGUCAAAAAUUGACAUCCAAGAUGCAUAUCGUAUCCUGCCAGUAUACCCAGUAGAUCAAGUGUUGCAAGGGUUACAGUAUGAUGGUAAAAUAUAUUUUGACAAAGCUCUUUCCUUUGGUAACAGAGCUUCAGGAGGAAUAUUUUGCUGGUUUGCAGAUGUUAUUACAUGGAUUGCUAUAAAAUACGGAAUAAAAUCAGUAAUUCAUUAUGUAGAUGAUUUUUUAAUAAUAUCCAAAACAGGUGCAUCACAAGAGUUAGAGCAAUUUCUUCGUAUAUUGAAAUCUGAAGUCUACUUUAUAGAGGAUCGUGAAUGGCUACAACCCGACAUACAAAAUCUGCAUACUGAUGCAUCCAGCUUAAGUGGCGGUGCAACAUAUAGAUCUUAUUUUACAGCGUUUAAUUGGUCUCAAGAAACUAACAUAACUGAACAUAGCAUUCAGAUGCGUGAGCUGUUAACAUGCUUAAUUGCAAUGCUAACAUUUACACCAUUAUGGCUUCAGAAACGGCUUAUCAUAUGGACUGACAACCAAGCAAACACAGAAGCAUAUUAUGCCAGUUUUUGUAAAAAUCUAACUGUCAAUAGCAUAAUAGCAUCUAUGUACAGGGCCCAAGUUCGUGGAAACUAUUCUAUUAAACUAGAGUACAUUGCUGGUCCAAGCAACAACAUGACUACAGAAGACAAUAAUCGGACAGAUGAAAUUCAGACACAGAUAAUCAGCAGCUAUGAGAACGAAUUACCACUUAAUGAACAGGUGGCAACAAUACUGGGCAUAAAACCACCAAUACACAAAACAUAUGCUGCAACUAUUAAACGCUAUGAGAGACUGGCUACGGAAAAUGAGUGGAUGAAUGAAAAUGGAACAAUCUGGCCCAUUUCAAAGGAAAAUCUCACCAAAUAUAUAACAUACUUACAUCUGAAAUUAAAUAUGGAAGACCCAGAUGGUCUUCUCUUUUGGUCUGUUGCAUUAGUAGCAUUCUAUGGCUUGACCCGCCUGGGAGAGCUAUUAUCCAGGUCACAGAAUGAAUCUGACAAGAUACCCACAAUACAGGCACUGAGGUUUGACAAAUGCGGCACAGACACAUUUGCAACAAUACAGCUACCUAGGACAAAAAACCACAAGGUAGUGGAACGACCUAUCUUAAUUAUCAACCCAACAAAGGACGAAUUAUGCCCAGUCAAUACACUGAAAGCAUACACAGUCCUCAGAACUAACUCAAUAUAUGCCCCUAGAGCAAAGGCAUUAUUCCAAGAAUGUAUAGAAUAG